ACAUCAGGACCAAGCAUGAGGAGCUGUCGCACUUUGCUGAGAGCUGCGUCGAGACCCCGACCAGGACCAGUCCUCUCGAUUGCGAGGCCGUCAUGUCUAGCACAGCUUCCUCGCCGCACUCUCGUCUCGGCUGCCGAACUGCAGUUUGGCCAGCCUUUGCAUGAGACUCAUCCGCAUCUCAUUGCGCCGGGCGACUGUAGUCCUCCCCAAUCCUUCAAGCACUUUACUGGCCACAUGCUUACUCAACCCANNGUGACUCCCGGAAUCUCUGCUCUCGAGUACCACCAGCGUCGCGCAAACCUCGCCAAAGCCCUCCCAAAGAACAGCAUCGCCGUCCUCGCUUCCUCCGACAUCAAGUACCGCUCCGGUGCCGUCUUCUACGAGUUCCACCAGGAACCGAAUUUCUUCUACUUGACUGGCUUCAACGAACCCGAAGCACUUGCUGUUAUUGGUGGGUGCGUCUCAAACAUGUUAUACAACAAGAAUACCCGCUCAUGGCUUUGCANNGAAAAGGGUGAAUCUGACGUCGAAUACACAUUCCAUCUCUUCGUCCGACCCAAGGACAUCAAGGCCGAACAAUGGGAUGGUGCUCGAAGCGGCAUCCAGGCUGCCUUGGACGUCUUCAAUGCUGACGAGGUAUGCAGGNCUGGAGACAUCAAUCGUUGCCAUACCCUUCUACCAGACAUCAUCGGCCGCGCAAAAGAAGUCUACACCGAUCUGCUCGGCACCACCACAAAGUCUGCUUUCAAGAGAUAUUUCUCAAGCUUGAAGAAGGUCCCUUCAGAAGGAUUUGGCAAAUUGCUGCAGGAGAACAAUGUUAGGCCGCUGAGACCCAUCAUGAACAACCUUCGCGUAAAGAAGAGUGAGGCUGAGAUAUUGAAUAUGAGAAAGGCUGGUCAGGUGUCUGGUCGAGCAUUCACCGAGACCAUGAAAACACCUAUGGGCACUGAGAAGGAUCUUUGGACCAUGCUCGACACUGGCUUCAAGAUUGGUGGCUUGGAUGGCUCUGCCUACGUGCCCGUUGUUGCUGGCGGCAAGAACGGUUUGAGCAUCCAUUACACUCGUAACGACCAGACUCUCAAGUACGGCGAGCUCGUACUGGUCGAUGCUGGCGGCGAGUACGGUGGCUACAUCACCGACAUUACACGUACAUGGCCAGUCAAUGGCAGAUUCACAGACCCGCAAAGGGAUUUGUAUGAGAUGAUACUCAAGGUUCAACGAAGCGUGGUGUCGCUGUGUCGCGAGGACGCAGAUCUGUCGCUCGACAAGCUUCACCGUAUUACCGAGGAUGGACUGCGCGACGGACUCAAGUGUCUAGGAUUUAACAUGGAAGGCAACGCUCUCGAGAUAUUGUUCCCUCACCAUGUUGGGCACUUUAUUGGUCUGGAUGUUCACGAUGCUCCUGGACAUCCUAGAACAGGACGACUGACAGCGGGAGAGUGCAUCACGAUCGAACCAUGGCCCAAGCACUUCCAAGGAUUGGCGAUCCGGAUUGAAGACAGCGUGUGCAUAACAGAAGAGCAUCCUUAUGUGUUGACAACAGAGGCAGUAAAGGAGGUUGUUGAUAUCGAAGCGCUCAGGCGUUAG